GUGACACAAUUACAACAACUUUGAGCUGGUGGUUGGGGGGAAGUUUGUGAUAUUACCAAAUAACACCCCAUAAAAAGCUGCAUCCUCUACACUCCAUGUAAAAGAAAAAAAGAAUGAUCAAAACUUACUAAACGCUCUUGGUUGCAUACAUCAUCUUAUAUAAAACAAUGUAAAAGGAAGUCUUGGAAAGGUUUGUGUUUUCUGGAAGGAUUUAAUUUUUUAUAACCCUGGAAAAGAAAAGUUUUUUCCUGUAUUUUUUCGGUUUGCUACUUGAUUUUUUUCUCUGGAGGUUGUCGGUGGCUUUCCAUGAAGUCGUGCGGAGUGUCGCUUGCAACCGCUGCCUGCGCUGCUGCUCGAAGUAUCGGCGCCGCCGUCACUGCUGCUGCUAGUGGUGAUGAGGAGGAGAAAAUGGCGGCGGGGAAAGCGAGCGAAACCGAGGAGGACUUUCCGAGGCUGACAGUGCAAGAGAGAGACAGCCUGGCCGAGAUAGACAGCCGACUGUUUGGAUUUCUAAGGCUUCAUGAAGAUGGCGCCAGAACGAAGGCCUUGCUGUUAAAGGCUGUUCGCUGCUAUGAAUCUUUAAUCUUGAAAUCAGAAGGAAAGGUUGAGCCAGAGUUAUUUUGCCAGCUAGGUCACUUCAAUCUCUUAUUGGAAGAUUAUUCAAAAGCAUUAUCUGCAUACCAGAGGUACCACGGUUUACAGUCUGACUACUGGAAGAAUGCUGCCUUUUUAUAUGGCCUCGGUAUGGUUUACUUCCAUUAUAAUGCAUUUCAGUGGAAAUUACAGUCCCCUACUGCCAUGAUGUGUACUGCAGAGACAAGGGCAAUUAAAGCAUUUCAGGAGGUUCUCUAUAUUGACUCUAGCUUUUCUCGGGCCAAGGAAAUUCAUUUAAGACUUGGUUUGAUGUUCAAAGUUAACACAGACUACGAGUCAAGCUUAAAGCAUUUUCAGCUGGCUUUGAUUGACUCAAAUCCCUGCACUUUGUCUAAAGCUGAAAUACAGUUUCAUAUUGCGCAUUUAUAUGAGAUUCAGGAUGUUCUCCCAGAAGGAUAUUGGCUUCUUCAGAAAAAGUACCAUGUUGCAAAAGAAGCCUAUGAACAGCUCCUACAGGCUGAAAAUCUUCCUGCACAUGUGAAGGCAACUACUUUGCAACAGUUAGGCUGGAUGCAUCACACAGUAGAUCAGUUGGGAGACAAAGCCAACAAGGAGACCUUUGCUAUUCAGUAUCUGCAGAAGUCUUUAGAAGCAGAUCCAAAUUCUGGACAGUCCUGGUACUUCCUUGGCAGGUGCUACUCAAGUAUUGGAAAAGUUCAGGAUGCAUUCAUCUCCUAUCGGCAGUCCAUCGAUAAGUCAGAAGCAAGUGCAGAUACUUGGUGUUCAAUAGGUGUAUUGUAUCAACAACAGAAUCAGCCAAUGGAUGCUUUACAGGCAUAUAUCUGCGCUGUCCAACUGGAUCAUGGACAUGCUGCUGCUUGGAUGGACUUGGGCACUCUGUAUGAGUCUUGUAACCAGCCACAAGAUGCAAUUAAAUGCUAUAUUAAUGCAACCCGAAGCAAAUCAUGUAGUAAUACCUCUGCCCUCACAGCACGAAUUAAAUAUUUACAGGCUCAGUUGUGUAACCUUCAACAAAGUAGUCAACAGAGUAAAAGUAAAAUGCUUCCUAGUAUUGAGGAGGCAUGGAGCCUACCAAUCCCUGCAGAACUUACCUCCAGACAGUGUGCCAUGAACACAGCACAGCAGGCAUGUAAACCUCAUCAUCAAAACAGUGAAGUAAGCAUAGGUCAGUCACAGAUGCCACAAUCUCUACACAUUGGUCCUUCUGCUCAGAUUGAUGACCAGUCUAGUCCUGCCAAGAGAAAAAGAACUUCAAGCCCAACAAAGAAUUCUCCAGAUUCAUGGACAGGUGUGCACCAUCCAUUACAGCAGCAAGUUCACAGCUGGUACUUGACUCCUCAAAAGUUGCAGCAUCUGGAACAGCUGCGAAGUAAUAGGCACAACCUGAAGCCAGUUCAACUGCACAUGCUGGAACAGCUUGAAGGGCAGUUUACACUGAUGCAACAACACCAGCAACAGAUGAGACAAACUGCAGCUGCACAGGUACGACCAACUGGAGUAUCUAAUGGGCCAACAGUCGACUCAUCACUGCCUACAAACUCUGUCUCUGGUCAGCAGCCUCAUGUAGCCCUGACUAGAGUGCCUAAUGUUCUUCAGCCAGGUGCCCGUCCAGUCUGCCCAGGGCAACCAAUGGUGAAUGGACCUUUCCAAGCAGGCUCAGUUUCCUGCAGCACAGCUGGACAGCUGGGUAAUACAGACACUAUUUCUGUAGGCAAUAAUCACAUAACAGGAAAUGGAAGCAACGGAAAUGUGCCUUACCUGCAGCAAAACUCACUAAGUCUACCUCAUAACUGCACAAACCCGACCAGCAGCAGCAGCAGCACAGAGGAGCCGUGGAAAACCCAACACAUUAACUCCACUCAGGGGCUUCAAACAGGUCAGAGUUCACAUUCGGCAGGUCCCAAUUGUGAACGACCUCUCUCUUCCACUGGGACAUCCCAGCAUUUCCAGGCAGCUGGCACUGGUAUACAAAAUCAGGUUGGACAUCCCACCAUGCCUAGCAAUUCACUAACGCAGGGGGCUGCUCUCAAUCACCUCUCCUCCCCUCCUCACUCUGCUACCUCAGGUGGACAACAAGGCAUUACCUUAACCAAAGAGAGCAAGCCUUCAGGAAACAAUACAACGUCAGUGCCUGAUAUUAGCAGGCAUUCUGAAGGGACAGCUAGCAGCACUGCCACUGUAGAAGGACUUCCUAAUCAUGUCCAUCAGGUGAUGGCAGAUGCUGUUUCAAGUCCUAGCCAUGGAGAAUCCAAGUCACCAGGUGUACUUAGUUCUGACAAUCCUCAGCUCUCUGCCUUGUUGAUUGGAAAAGCCAAUAAUAUUGGGGUUACUGGGACUUGUGAAAAGGUUAAUAAUGUUCACCCAGCUAUACACAAUUCAAAAACUCGAGAGAAUUCUGUUGCCUCUUCACCCUCUUCAGCCAUUUCCACAGCAACCCCUUCUCCCAAAUCUGUGGAACAAACCACCACAAACAGUGUUACCAGCCUUAACAGCCCUCCUAGUGGAAUGGGACCUACAGUCAAUGGAAAGGGUUUGGAAGAUUCCCAGAGCCCCACAAAAGUGGACCCUCCUUUAAUCAGCCUGAAACCUAAACCUAAACCUUUUGCACCUUCAUCAUGUGUCUCAAUAUAUCCCAGCUCCGCAGAAGUGCUAAAAGCCUGCAGAAACCUGGGUAAAAAUGGUCUGUCAAGUAGUAGCAUUUUAUUGGACAAGUGUCCACCUCCAAGACUGCCUCCCCGCCCCUAUCCUCCGCUGCCAAAGGAUAAACUAAAUCCUCCAACUCCAAGUAUUUAUCUGGAGAACAAACGUGAUGCAUUUUUCCCACCUUUACAUCAGUUCUGUACGAAUCCAAACAACCCUGUCACAGUAAUCCGUGGCCUUGCAGGAGCUCUUAAGCUAGAUCUAGGUCUUUUUUCUACCAAGACACUAGUGGAAGCAAAUGCAGAUCAUCUGGUGGAGGUGAGGACACAGCUAGCACAGAACGCAGAUGAGAACUGGGAUAUAACUGGAACAAAGAGAACAUGGCGUUGCGAAAGCAGCCGGUCACAUACAACAAUUGCCAAAUAUGCACAAUAUCAGGCGUCCUCAUUCCAGGAAUCAUUACGGGAGGAAAAUGAAAAGAAAGGCCAUAAGGACCACUCGGACAGCGAAUCAACAUCUUCAGACAAUGUUGGUCGAAGGAGGAAAGGUUUGUUCAAAACCAUCAAGUUUGGAACUAACAUUGAUUUAUCAGAUGAAAAGAAGUGGAAGCUACAGCUACACGAAUUAAGCAAGCUGCCUGCAUUUGCACGAGUCGUGUCAGCUGGAAAUCUUUUGAGCCAUGUUGGACACACUAUAUUGGGAAUGAACACAGUACAACUCUAUAUGAAGGUUCCUGGGUGUAGAACUCCAGGCCAUCAGGAAAACAACAAUUUUUGUUCUGUUAAUAUCAACAUUGGGCCAGGAGAUUGUGAAUGGUUUGCUGUUCCGGAGCCUUACUGGGGUGUCAUGAACGAAUUCUGCGAAAAGAAUAAUAUCAAUUUUCUAAUGGGUUCCUGGUGGCCUAACUUAGAAGAUUUGUAUGAGUCAAAUAUUCCUGUCUAUCGCUUUAUCCAGCGUCCUGGAGAUCUUGUAUGGGUGAAUGCUGGCACGAUACACUGGGUUCAGGCAGUUGGCUGGUGCAAUAAUAUUGCAUGGAAUGUUGGACCACUAACAGCACACCAGUAUAAACUUGCUGUAGAGAGAUAUGAGUGGAAUAAACUUCAAAGUGUAAAGUCUAUUGUUCCCAUGAUUCACCUUUCCUGGAACAUGGCAAGAAACAUCAAAGUGUCAGAUCCCAAGCUUUUUGAAAUGAUUAAGUACUGCUUGUUGAGGACGCUAAAGCAGUGCCAAAUGUUGAAGGAAGCUUUAACUGCUGCAGGGAAAGAAAUGGCGUGGCAUGGGAGAGCAAAAGAUGAGACAGCACAUUAUUGUAGCAUCUGUGAGGUGGAGGUCUUCAAUCUGCUUUUUGUCACUAAUGAGAGCAAUUCUCGAAAGACUUACAUAGUGCAUUGUCAGGACUGUGCGCGUAAAGGCAAUGCAAAUCUGGACAAUUUUGUGGUGCUAGAACAGUACAAGAUGGAGGAAUUGAUGUAUGUCUAUGACUUGUUCACAAUAGCUCCUCCAUUGCCUUCACCCUCAUCUUGACAUUAAUAUUUAUUGUUUUAUGGACAAUAAACAAUGAAACAUUUCUGAUAUUCAGGAAGUGACCCAGUUCUGCACCACUGGUAUCUGUAGCUAUCCCAUAAGGCUGCUGGCUGAAAGCUGUGUGUCUAUGCAACCUUCCUAGUGCGGAGUGUCAACCAUCUGGAGAGGAGUAGGUGCUGCUCCUAUUCCAGGACUAUUUAUAGCUGUUUCAGCUGUACUUAAACAAGAAAACUAAACUUUAAAAAAAAAAAAAAAAAUUACUUGUUUUGUAUAUGUAAAUAUCUGUCACAACUGGCAACAUCACACAAAGACUACUGACUUGACAACCUUCCUCUUUUGUAUUGCUCUGUUAUUGGGCUGAUUGGUUCCUUUAUCUUUUUCUUUUCUUUUUUUCCUUCGAAGUUUCCCUAAGACAACUGAGUACUAGCAUAGCUGGUCUUUUGUAUGUUAGAUAGAAAUUUUAAGUCUCUUUGGGCAACAAAAUAUAAAAUUUUGUAAUGUGAGAAGUUAGGUGAAUAUAAUUUUUUACUGCUUUUUUGUUUUAUCUGUCAUUUUUAUUUUAUUUUAAUUUUUUGUUUUUUUGGAAACCGUUUCUCUCUGGUUUCUUAGGUUAAAGAAAAAAUUAACAGCCAAGUCACAAAGAUAAAUGGGUUGCACAUAGACUAAGAAAUAAAAUUCAAUUUUGUGAUUUUUUUUUUUUUUUGUUUCUAAUCUUGAUGUAAAUUUACACUAUUUAUAAAUACAUAUUUAUUGCUUGAAAAUAUUUGUGGAUGGAAUGCUGUUAUUUUCUCCAGAGUACCUGCCAUUAAAUUUUAUGGAGUUUUGUUAUUUUAAACACUACUCCAAUUACGUUUUC